GAAAACCCUAGAUAAAUUAACACGUCAUCUUCGAAUCCCAUUUUGCCCCUCCAGUUCCCUGAAGCAGGUUCUAGCAUCUUCGUCGGACUUUCUGUUUGGUUUUGAAGUGUGCUGAUCAUUGAAUAGAAUGGCGGACGAGUUUGCGCUUGACUUGGAGGAGCUGAGGCAACUGCAGAGCAUAGCCAAGAGGCCUCGAAUCGUCUCCCUAAUCUCCUCUGAAAUUCGCAACUUGGAAAAGUUGUCAAAGGAUGCUGUUCCUGUACCUGUUUCACAUUCACCAAGUCCGCUUCCAACUGUUGUGAAACCUGUUGCUCCUGCACUGAAUUACAUCACACUUGCAUCUUUCAGCUGGGAUCAGGAUAAUGACAAAGUCAAGAUUUAUAUCUCACUGGAGGGAGUUGACCAGGAGAAAGUGGUGACUGAAUUUAAGCCAAUGUCUUUUGAUGUCAAAUUUCAUGAUGUUCAAGGAAAGAACUAUCGAUGCGCCAUACCUAAACUGCACAAGGAGAUGGUACCAGAGAAAUCUAAGUUGGUAGUUAAACCUACAAGGGUUAUUUUCACCUUGUUCAAGGCUUCGAAAGGAAACUGGUUGGACUUGCACUACAAAGAGGACAAGCUGAAGCCGAAUCUAGAUAAAGAACAAGAUCCAAUGGCUGGAAUUAUGGGCCUAAUGAAGAAUAUGUAUGAGGAUGGAGACGAGGAAAUGAAACGAACAAUUGCAAAAGCCUGGACCGAUGCUAGAUCUGGAAAAGCUACAGACCCUCUAAAAGGGUAUCGCUGAAUCAAUACAAACAGUGACCAUGUACCAGAGUUUGGAUGAUUGUUGUUUCAGCCGUGCUUGUACUUCAGUGAAGUUAUUUUUCUAAGUUAUGGUGAAAAAUCUCUGAUGUGCCACUUUUUCUCGAGAUGAAUAAAGUUAGUGUUCCGAUAUGAAUCGCCCUUUUUUAUACACAUCUUAAUUUCCUUU